CACGUGACCAGUGCGGAAGUCCCACUGAGGGGACGCAUCACGGGAGUGUCCGUCGCCUCUUGCUGUUGCUCACGUCGCGAGGCUUUAACAUGAGUCCCGCGGGGGUUGUCGCGUGCUUGAAUCUGCUCCUCUUGCUCCCGGUAGCGGCUCGGAUAGUUAACGACGGACAGCAGCACUGGCCCGUCCCGUACAGACGGUUCGAUCGUCGCCCCGCUGUGGACUCCUACUGUGAAGCUGUCUAUCCGUUCUGUCCCACUGGGGACAGGGACGGACGUGUCCCCUACAUGAGAGACAGUGACGUCAUCUCAGUGUACCGACUGCAAACACCUGUGUGGGAAUUCAAGUAUGGAGAUUUGUUGGGGAAAGUUCACAUCAUGCACGAUGCCGUUGGGUUCAGCAGCUCCGAAUCAGGCGCCAACUACACCAUGGAGUGGUAUGAGCUGUUUCAGCUGGGUAACUGCACCUUCCCUCACGUCAGGCCCGACGUGCACGCGCCUUUCUGGUGCAACCAGGGAGCCGCCUGCUUCUUCGAGGGGAUCGAUGACCUCCACUGGUCACAAAACGGCACCUUGGAGAAAAUCGGAACCCUCACAGGGAACCAGUUCAACGACAUGGCCCAGUGGGUCCAGGACGACAACACCACCGGGAUCUACUACGAGACGUGGACCGUCCGCUCCGAGCCCGGGCCCAACGCCACGGUGUGGUUCGAGUCUUACGACUGCUCCCAGUUUGUGCACCGCGCCUUCAGGAAGCUGACGGAGCUGGGAGCCAAACUGUCCAGCGGAUCCCAAACCAACUACACCAAGAUCUACCUGUACAGCGGAGAGCCCGCCUUCCUCGGCAACGACAGCGCCAUAUUCGGGCAGCCCGCUCUGAAGAACCUGGCGGAGGACAUCCGCAAAUUCUACCACACGUUCAGACCACACCAGUCGUUGGCCGACUUCGCUCUCAGUCUGCUGGAGGCGUAUGAAAAGGUGGUGUUGGACAAGAGCUUCUACCUUUACUACAACUUUGAGUACUGGCAUCUGCCCAUGAAGCCUCCCUACGUGCGCAUCACUUAUGAAGAGGUGCCUUUGCCUUAGCACAACUUUUACCCUUGUUUUGUUGCAAAGAAUUAUUUUCUCAAAUGGUAGAAAUGCUUCUUUAAUGUUUAUUAAAUAAUUUACUGAAAGCCAAAGACGUUAACACUAAGAAAGGCAGAAAAAAACAGGAACAAAUCUUCAUGUUGAAGAAUAUGAAUAGUUGUGGAUCAAAGUAAUCUUUGGUGUUUUUUGCAUUAUCGUUUUCAAAAACAUUUCAUAACAUUUAAAGUUGCUAAUACCUAUCUAUUUAAAAUAUAAGUGUUUACUUCAUUCGUCAGCUUGCAGUGCUCUUCACGAUUUUCGAUGCAUUGAACAAAAACUCGAGUGCAAAGAGGACUUCCGACUACUGAAUGGACUUUUUGAGGACUCAUUUUUAUUUAUUCUUUAGUUUAAGUCUAUUAAAUGCUUUGGAGUAGGAAAUAUGUACAAGCCAUUCUUCAUAUGCAUGUCUCCCCUACCAUUGCGUUGGGUCCGUUUUGCUCCAUUUCAUGUAGCCUGCUUGUGUGUUAAUUAAAAAAGCAAAACUGCAGCUUUUGUGAAAUAAUAAACAGAUGCAGGCAGUACA